CGCCGAGGACGAGGACCCCCCGACAACUUACCCGGGGGGCAGCUACAUUUAUACAAAGUCGACGACGGCAAGAGGAUAAACGAGUCGAGGAGAAAGGAACAACCUUAACCGGAGCCCCCGUUCCCGCUAGGUAGAUUAAAAGUUAUCUCAGGUGCUUCACUAGGAAAAAAUGAAGUACCUUAGUUAAGUUUUGUAACAAGGAUAUUUGAUCAGUGCAUGUCAAAGGAGGGUAUCAAACCAACGUGUCAUAUGACUGUCUAGCUUAUGAAUGUUGCUCCUGUUUUAUCACCCCUGAAGGCCAAGCACACAAUCAUCCUUUAUUGAUGGCUCACACUGGAAACUUGAGCCAGCGUGAUCACACAAUCGAUAUACCAAUGAGUGAUGGUAUGACCGCAUCAACAUCUCACCAGGAUGAUCAUAGUGGCUCGGAUGAGCUGCAUCGCAGCAGAGGUCCUUCGAAUGAAGUUUCACCAAGCCCAGAUACAUCUUCCGGUACAAACGAUGUAUCUAACUCUCACAAUGCAUCCUCAGCAAGAAUAGAUCGAGGCCACCGUCAACAGAACCCUUUGAAUUCUGGCUUCUGGAUCUCAAUCGAACUUAUUGUAAAUCUUAGUCAGAUUGUAGCAGCUGUUGUUGUUCUGUCAGUAUCAAGGAACGAGCACCCACAGGCUCCAUUGUUUACAUGGCUUCUUGGCUAUACAAUAGGUUGUAUUGCUAUUCUUCCGCAUCUUUACUGGCGUUAUCUUCACCGCAAUCGCCUAGACAUGGAGCAGGAGAUGCCACCCCAAAGGUCGCCAGGAAUGAACAUAUCCGAGAUUAAUUCUUAUGCUGUCGUUUCAUCUCCUCAUGCAUCAGAAGCUGUGGAAGGUGCCAACAGUACUGGAGUCUCAAGAACUAACUUACCAAUGGCAAGUCCAAGGUUUUACGCAAUGGUUGCCUGCUUUAAAUUGGUGUUGGAUUGUUUCUUUGCCGUCUGGUUUGUUGUGGGAAAUGUGUGGAUGUUUGGUAGCCGUUCUUCUGCCCAUGACGCUCCUAACCUAUACAGGAUCUGUCUAGUGUUCCUUGCGUUUGGCUUCAUUGGCUACGCGUUGCCUUUCAUUUUAUGUACAAUGAUAUGCUGCUGCCUGCCCUGUAUAAUCUCCGUUCUGGGCGUCCAUGAGGAUUUGGAUAUGAACAGAGGCGCUACCACAGAGGCAAUCAAUACCUUGGUGGCAUACAAGUUCCAAUCAAAGAGGGUUCAUGAUGGGGAUGUGGGAGGAGAUGGUGGUGGAGUCUUGGCAGCUGGAACUGACAAAGAGCGAACUAUUUCUGCAGAAGAUGCUAUUUGCUGCAUCUGCUUGUCAAAGUUCUCAAACAACGAAGACCUGCGCGAACUUCCCUGUGCACAUGUCUUCCACAUGGAAUGCAUAGAUAAAUGGCUCCAGAUAAACGCGUUGUGCCCUCUAUGCAAGGCUGAGAUAGGGGGAUCAAAAGCAACAAGUAAUCCAGAGAGUGGCUCUGUGGAUCCCGACAACAACAACAAUAGAGUAGACAACGACGUGGAGUCACAACGGUAGUUGUUGUCUGCUCUCUUGGCCUUUCCAAUGAGCAUGAAGAUGACGGAGGGGCUCUUUGAUGCGGUCUAAUUAAACUGACAAUCAUAUAACAAACUACAAGUAGGAAAGUUACACACUAUAUGGUCCAACAAGUCCUCUUUUUUCCUGAUGGUUUUGUUUCAUCUUACCAAUAUAGUAUUUCCUGCCUCAGUGCAGAGCAGUGUGUUCAACAUUGUUCUUGGCCGAAACAUUUUCGCUUAGGAACCAUGGAUGCUGGUAGUGGUGGCCACCUAAGAUGACCCCACUGUGUUGGUGGUUGAUGCUAUGUUGCUAACCUCCUUGCUGUCAGGAUUUGCCUGGUGAUUGUCUCCUUGUAUAGAAAAUGUUACCUGAUCAGCUGGUGGCACCGCUGCAGCUCCUGUAAUGGUUUACCUUGUACAUUGCAUAGGUUCAUGUAUAUAUAUGCUAGGUCCUUGGUACAUGCCUGCAAGGUACAGUUCCAUUCUGUUCGAGAGAUGUACUUAUGCACACGGGUGUCUGUAACAUCGAUGCAAUAAUGACCGGGUGACUGUAAGUGCACAUACAAAUAUAUCUAUCCAUGAUAUAUAGAAAAGAGCACAUCAAUCCGUG